GAGGGAAAAAAUCAGUGUAAGCAAUUGCAAGAAAUGUAAACGUUUCUGCUUUAUGUGUAGACACAGCGGAGAACUGAAUGAACUCAGUGUUUGAUAAAUGAAAUAUAAAGAGGAGAAAAAUCCACACUCACAAGCUGUGUUCCAUUAUUUAUUGAAAUACCACCAUGUCCACAAGCAGGGGCGUUAAGCCAUCAUCAGUGCGUAGUAUCAUGAACAAAGGGAUGGAUGCAUCUCCUCACAGGGGGGCGAAAGGCCACAGGUUACAGCUGUUUCUGAUUAAUGUUGGGACACAGUGAAGUACUGAAUGCACUCAGUGUUUGAUAAAUUAAAUGUGUAUUAAUUAAACUGUAGUCUACGACGUUUGGAAUAGUUUAUCAUGUUUGAUUCAAUAUGAGAACAGGAUGAUACUGCUGUCUGGAAACCAAAAGUUAUUCAAAUAGUGAUGCAAAGUCACAAUUUGUCUUGAAAUCGUUUCUUUUAAAGCUCUGAAUAUUUUAACCCAUUUUAGCCUGAUGACUCGUAUGUGUUGUUUGACCUUUGUUGGUGCCUGAAGCAACAUAUACGCUGCAUUCAGGCUCUUGAGAUUUUAGCUUUUUAAAUAAAAAUGUGGGUAUGUUAAAGCUGAAUGAACACAUUCUAAUGCUAGAUGAGGGUGUUGGGGUUUGAAUGCAUCUUGUUUCAUGUUUUUAUGUGCAUCAGAGGCUGAGAUAUUUAGAUUUUUUAUAGGCUGAGGGCAACUCUCCAAACAAGGGCUUAGGCAUUCAGCAGGCGUUUUUUGCAGGUGCUUUAGGCAUCAAUGGGUUUAAGUGUGGAAGCUUUACCCUUUUUACCGGUACAUUAACCAAUCCAACCAAUUCUGUUUGUAAACGAACAACAAACUGUAAAUGAAGCCACGCAAAUCAAUGUGUGUCCUAGUUUCCGAAGAGCUCGCUAGGUGUUUGGUUUUGAAAUAACAAGCCAUACCUGAAAUGCAGUGACAAGCGGCUACAGCAGGUAUGCGGAGAAUGCAUAAGAGACAGCUUGUGGUAGCUAGGGGCCUGUGACUAAAAGACCUGGCGCAGACUUCUUUUUUUUCUUCUUCUCCUUUUCCUUUUUUUUUUUUUUUUUUUGAAGUGGGGACGGUCCGUUGGGUUGUUGGUGUCGGGUGUCGUCUCUAUUGAGACCGAGCAGCGCCGCGUCAGCCUGCCAGCAGGUUGCCGGAGGGCUUUGCUGAUUGGCUGUCUGGUUGCGACAGGCUCCUCCCCCCCUGAUUACCUGUCCCUCAGGAAUGCCACAGGUGUGGGCAUGCUCUUGUUGACUCACUCUUCCUGUUUCACCUCAGACCAAGAGCACACAGGGGAGGGAGCGAGCUCUGCCUGCCAAAAAACACCCAGACAUGGAGGAAAUGACGAUAUGGGAGCAACACACGAUAACGUUGACCAAAGAUCCAAGGAUAGGCUUUGGCUUUGCAUUGUCCGGCGGCAGAGACAAACCGCAUCCGGACUCGGGCGACACGUCCGUGGUGGUGUCUGAUGUGGUGCGAAACGGCCCCGCCAUGGGCAGACUACAGACCCGAGACCAGGUCGUCAUGGUCAAUGGGGUUUCCAUGGAAAAUGUCACGUCCAACUUCACCAUUCAGAACCUGAAGGCCUGUGGAAAAGUGGCAAACAUUACAGUGAAGAGGCCGCGUGUGAUCCAGAUCCCGGUCACCACCAGGCCGACACGUGCCAUGUCCAGUUCCAACCUGCUGGACAACCCCACCAGGCCCACGCGUGCCAUGUCCAGCUCCAACCUGCUGGAGGAUCCCAACCAUCGGCGGCCGCGUCGGGGCUCCGACACGUACAGCUACGACCGGGGUCCCCAGCGCGGCCGCAGCGCCUCCCCGCCUCGUAACGGCCACGACCUGCCCCUCAUGUCCGGGUUCAAGCGCCUGCCGAACCAGGAUGCGCCCGACAAGCCCAUCAGAGCCACGCUCAUCAAGAAGAAACCCACUGAUGAGUACGGCAUGAAGUUGGGAAGUCAGAUCUUCAUAAAGCACAUGACGCCAACUGGACUAGCUUCCAAGGAGGGAACCCUGCAAGAAGGAGAUCUGGUGCUGAAGAUCAACGGGAUGACGACGGAGAACCUGUCUCUGCUGGAGACCAAGCACCUGGUGGAGAAGUCCCGAGGGAAGUUGACCAUGGUAGUGCUGAGGGACAACAGGAAGUUCCUGGUCAGCAUCCCGGAAGUGGAGGACAGCCCUCGCAACAGCGACGACGAAGCGCAUGCAGACAGCUCUGAGCUAGAAGAUAUUUCAGAUCUGGACUCUGAUUCACCCGGCAGGGGAAGGUCCUCCCGCCCAGCCCGUCGACAACAAAGGACCAGAGCGGAGCCCCCUCCCCCCAAACCCAAGUCCCGUGACCCCUCCCCUAAUCGCUCCACGCUCAACCGCUACCCGGUACACAGCCUGCCCCGACGGAGAGCUCCAUCAGAGUCUGAAUCGGACAGGAGCAACUCCCCACCGCCAGCCAGGAACGACAGCACAGACACCAGAUACAGGACUCUGUCUGGUAUCUCCACUCUCCCCAACCCUCGUGCGUCCCCCGCCCCCCAGAGCUGGAACGCCCCCCGUCCCUCAUCCUCAGCAUCGCGCCCCCGCAAACCGGUGUCCGAGUCGGACUCGGACCGGGGCAGCUCUCCCCCUCCCCGGAGGACCAGCCCCAAACCGGACAUGAGGUACAAGGUGCUGCCGGACCUGGCUCCCCCCACGCUGCGCUCCGCCUCCCGGGGAUCCUCACCCUACAGACCCCCACCACCACCAGAUUCGGAGUCGGAGUCGGAUGGCAGCCACAAUGACAACACCAGCAGAUACAGAAAGCCCUCAGGGCUGAGAGCUAGAGCCCCGUCCAUAGAGCCCCCGCGCUGGACACCUGCCCCAGGGCCCAAGCCAGCCUCCGACCGGGGUCACUCAGAUUCUGAGUCAGAGGGAAGUUAUGUGUCUGAGCCCAGAAGGGAGUCUCCGGUCCUCCGGGAGCCCAGAAGGGAGUCUCCCGUCCUCAGAGCCUCCAUAAACUCCAAGAGAGGAGUCGGAGGUCUUCCUGAAAGUCGGGCGUCACCAAUCGUGGUCAGGCCAGUAAGCUCCUCCCUCCCCAGAGCCACGCCUCCUGUGAGACCCCCACCUGAAGAGUCCUCAGAGUCUGAGCGAGCGCCGUCUCCCCCCAGGCGAUAUGAGAGCUCAGACAAUGGCAGCGAUCACAGCUUACCCCGUGCAAAUGGCACUCUACGCUCAAAUAUGUCCAGGGCAAGUAACAGCCAGCCUCAAGCCAUGGCCAUUGAAGAGCCAGUUUACUCCCUCCCUCCAGAUGCCUUCCCAACACGUACCCCAGGGUACAGCUCCGAUCAGAACGUGGCAGAGUUCGUAAAGGAGGGCAGCGUGGGCUUGCGGCUGAUUGGUGGAAACGAUGUUGGCAUCUUCGUUGGCGGUGUUCAGCCCAACAGCCCGGCACAGAAGCAGGGCAUGAAGGAAGGCGAUCAGAUCAUGCAGGUGAACGGCGUGGACUUCAACCACUUCACGCGAGAGGAAGCCGCCAUGUACCUGCUGAACAUCCCCGCGGGAGUGCCCGUCUCCAUACGCACACAGAACAAAAUGAACAUUUACAAGAAGAUCCUCAAGUCCAACAUCGGCGACUCUUUCUACAUCCGCACGCACUUCGACCACGAGGCGGAGGGCAACGUCGGCCUGGGCUUCACGCGCGGCGAGGUCUUCCGCGUCCUGGACACCAUGCACAAGGGCAAGCUGGGCAACUGGCUCGCCGUGCGCAUGGGCAACGACCUUCAUGAGCUCGACAAAGGCACCAUCCCUAACCAGACCAGGGCUGAGAACCUGGCGAGUACAGAGCAGGCCAUGAGGGUCUCUGCGGUGGAGAAGCAGGUGUCGGGCCAGCGGGCAGAGUUCUGGAAGAUGAGAGGUCUCCGCGGCGCCAAGAAAAACAACAACAAUAACAGACGCACGCGAGACGACCUGCUGCAGCUUACCAUCCAGGGCAAAUUCCCAGCCUACGAAAAGGUCCUGCUCCGAGAAGCCAAUUUCAAGCGACCCAUCGUCAUUCUUGGGCCUCUGAAUGACAUUGCCAUGGACAAGCUGGCUAGAGAACUGCCCGAUGAAUUCCAAGUCGCGGAAAUGGUUCCAAGGACUGGAGCUGACCGAAGCUCCUCUACUGUGAUCAAGCUGGACACUGUGAGGAAAAUCGCUGAGCAGGAGAAGCACCCCCUGCUGGACAUCACUCCUACUGCGGUGGAGAGGCUGAACUACAUCCAGUACCACCCCAUGGUCUUCUUCCUCAGCCCCCACAGCCGCAAGGACGUCAAGGCCAUGAGGCAGCGCUACGCCCCCGACUCCAACAAGAGCUCCCGCCGCCUCUACGCCUCCGCACUCAAGAUGAAGAAGAACUACGCCCACCUCUUCUCUGCGGUUAUUGAUGUGCAGCCUGGCUCAGCCGUGUGGUAUGACAUCAUGAAAGACAAGAUACGGCAACAGCAAGCCAAGCCUGUCUGGGUCUCAGAAGUCACGCUGGAGGGUGGUGAGACGGAGGUGCUGGAGGAGCUGGCCCCGGACCACAUGUCGGACUACCUGAGCUGCGACAGCCGCGGGGCCAGCGACUACGAGGACACGGAUGGAGAGGCCUACACGGACGGAGAGCUGGGAGAGCUCUACACCGACAACGAAGACAUGGACGACCCCUACAGCCCCACCCACGCCCAUGCCGACAUCAACCGCCACGCCAGGAGUAGGGGGACGGCCCUCGCCCGCUCCUCCGAGCCCGCCAGAGCCCACGACAGCCCCAGCCCAGAGGCCCCCCGCUACAGCCCCGCCCCCGCGUUGCCCCCCCCACACGAGGAGCCCGUGUACCAACUCCCGCCCGACGAACUGCCCCCGAUCCUCCACGUACCCGAGCCCCGCUCCCGGAGACCCCCCUCGGAGAGCCCCCCGCUGCGACGACAGGACGCACCUUCUCCCACGCGGAGCUUCACCGACUCGGACGGGAGCGACGCGGAGUUCCCAGCUCCGACCACGCCGUCGGAUGGGCCGCCGGACUUCCAGGCGCCGGAUCCCAGAUCGCUGGCCGCCGCUCCGGACUCCCCUCCCCCAGAGAGUCCUCCUCCACCGCCCGUUACCCUGUCAUUCAUAGAGGAGAAGAUCAAACAGACCCGUAUGGAAGAGCCUGAGAGAAAGCCGUCUCCCCAGUUCCUUGUGCUUGCACACCACGAAGCUCUGCAGAACCGUCGUAUCCAGAUAAAUGGGGACAGCUCAGAGGAGGAGAACGACCUGGACUCCAUUGAAUGGGGACCUGCCACAGAACUGUAGAGCAGUAACGACCUGGACUCCAUCGAAUGGGGACCCGCCACAGAACUCUAAAGCAGGGGAAGCAGUGGAUCUCAACCCUUUUUGAAGAAACGCCCCCUUGACCUCAUCAUAAGCCUGCCAACGCCCCCUGGACAUCAUCAUAAGCAUAUACCAACGUCCCCUUGAUCAUAAGCCUGCUGACGACCUACCCCCUCCUCUCCCUGUCUUAGUAUUAAAAAUAAAAUGGACUAAUGCCCCCCAAAUGGCAACCAAGCACCGUCCCCUCUCAGCUGUAUCCCUCUCACUGCCCCACUAGGGCUCCCUAAUGCCACCUGAGGGGGACUGUAGAGCCCCUCGUUGAGAAACACUAUUCUAAAGGGACAGUUUGACUAUGUGCGAUAUAUCCUGUAAAGACUGGCUGCUUUUUUAAACGUCAAGUUUCUCUUUGUUGUGACUGCCAAAGAAAAGGGAUGCCAUGGCUGAUCUCUCCACUUGGGGCACUAACCAAGAAAGGUGUUCACCAGCUGCGUUUAUUUAUAAUAAUACCUUAUGUGUUGUUUGUUAUUAUGAACUCUGUGAACUUUUGGACAAAAUGUGCCCUCUUCUGUAUGAAUAACUAAGAUUGAUGUUUUAUACUGUACUGGACGAAUGCUGUAUGAUGGAUGAAACUUUUUAGAAUGAUUAAUUUUAAAUAAAGUUCUUUUAUUGUAUAAUAA